UACAUUGUCAUCCUCCAUGUACCAGUAUAAUUCAGUUAAAUACGUUUGUGAAUUUAAACUAAAUAUAAUUUCCAAAGGCGAGUUAAAGGAUAGACAGAAUAUACUUGUGGAUGACGAGGGAGGAGCACAAAUGACCCUGUUUAUAACCUGUCCAUACUACAUACUUAGCAGGCCGCUUGUAAGGGCACCAUACUCCAGCAUUAAGGUAUUUUGUGCUGCCUCAGAAUCCUUGUCGACGAAUCACAGCCUUCCCCUAUCUUCCCACAACAGCUGUUCUACUGCUAGAGGCGUCAGCCGCUCUGCAACACUGACAAUGUGGAAUUUUGAGGAGGAUAAGAGGAAGAUUCUCUCCAUGAAGGUGGAGGACAAGCGUAAACGUUACAGGUGUGGAAAUGUGUUUGUUACUCUUCGUGAUCUUCCAAAUUGGCCAAAUUAUGGCAGGGAGAACAGUUAUGUACUGAAGCAGGUCGCUCUCAAUGAUGCAGCUGUUGCCAAGGUUCUGGAAGGCAGCAUUUACAAGGUGGACAGUGACCUCAACAAGAAGAUUUCACUGUUCAUAGGGGACAUCACCACCCUAGAGAUUGAUGCCGUGGUCAACGCUGCCAAUAAUAGCCUGCGUGGAGGAGGUGGUGUUGAUGGUGCCAUACACAAAGCGGCCGGAGGUAUGUUGUACCAGGAGUGUCAGUCGCUGAACGGCUGCGACACUGGAGAUGCCAAAAUCACCGGGGGAUACUACCUGCCAGCGCGGUACAUCAUACACACUGUAGGGCCCACGGGAGAAAAGCCUGCUAUGCUGGAGUCGUGCUACAGGCGGGCACUACAGACGGCCAUCGAGAACAACAUCAGAACGGUCGCUUUUCCCUGUAUCUCUACCGGGGUGUAUGGAUACCCUAAUGAAUCGGCCGUGAAGGUGGUGCUCCCUAUUAUCAGGACGAUGCUUGAAGCUAACAGAGACAAAUUUGAUCGCAUCAUUUUCUGUCUCUUUCUUAGUGUAGACAUUAACUUAUAUCACAAGUUACUGCCGGUGUUCUUCCCUUUGCAAUAGAUCAUCUGUGAAGUGUUGUGGCACAAAGUGAUUUUUUUCAUAUACUUUACUGGUAUUAUUAUGCGAGUUUAAUUAAGUCUAGAAAAAAUUACCGAUUUUUAUAAAUUAUAGAAAAUUACAUUUUAUUUGUUUAUUAAAAUUUCCACGUAUAAUUGAAGAAAGCGUGAAGUAACAUAUUCCAUCGGAUAAGUUGAUUUUCUUGCCAUAUCUUGAUGGCUAAUGAGAAAUUUAUUUGCAUUUGUUAGGUUGAAGUUCACAGUUGCAUUUAUAUUAUUAAAAUUUGUAUAAGUUGAUAUUUCACUCACAGAAUCAAAAUUAGAGUUGAGAACUGAAGUACAGUACAGUAAAUUAUUCAGUUACUACUGUGUAAAAAAAA